AUGUAUUCAGGUAAAAAUAUACCUAGAGCUUUGAAAAACUACUCUAAUUAUAGGGUCAGUCGUUCAUAUUCAAAAUCAGAACUGAGUGGGGCUUUAUAUCUUAAUCCACAUGCCUGGAAAGGUUUACCUGCGGAUAGAAUAUUCGAAUUGCACAACUUGAGAAAGGAUGCUAUGGGUGAAAAAUACAACCCAGAUGAUGAAGAAAGACGUGCCAUUUUAUCCACGUUCACCACUUUAGGAAAAGUUAAACCGACGUUAGAGUAUGCUUACGAAAUUGAUAACUUCAAGGAAAGACAUAUGAAUAACACACCAGUAAACUUGAGAGGAUUACCGCCUAUGAAGAGUAAUAUCAAUGUUGUUGACAAAGGUGCUACACCUCAUGAACAGAGAAAAAUAGAACAAUUGCAUAGAAUUAGUGCGUAUGAAAUGCCAUUAUUAGCUAAGUUCCGUCAAGAAUAUAAACCAGAACCAACUAAAGAUUCUCCAAUCAAAUUAUCUUUUAAUAGUGAUUUCAGUGAUGGAUCAAAUUCAUUGAACCGUAAGGUUACGUUACUGUGUAAUAUAGAAGACUUGAAUUUGAAUGAAAAGCAACAAAGGAAAUUUAAAAUCUUGGCUACUAACAGAUUUAACCAUCAUACAAACUCCAUCAAAUUCUCAAGUAACCAACAUGCAGAAGCUACACAGAAUGCUCGCCACCUAGUUUCAAUUUUCAAUAGAUUGUUAGAGGCAUCAAAGGAUUUGUCUGAUGACUUUUCAGACAUUCCAGUAGAUACUCGCCAUAUGCAUGCCAAAAAGGCUGCACCUUCUUUUCCAGAAUCUUGGAAAAGACCUGAAGAUGCACCUAUUGCUAGGCAUAAAAUUAUUAGAAGAUUGGUGGAUGAAGUUAAGCAAAAGCAAGAUGCUCAAUAUAUUAACAAUUAUUCCCCAUAA